CUCAUAAUCCAUCUUCAAUAUCGCAUCUAGACGAAGGAUCAUAAAACUUACCAUUCUUAUAACCUCAUCAAGUCAAGCCCGAAUCAUGUCGCAAAAAGUUCUCCGUCGCCGCGACCAGGCCCCGGGGUCCUCCCUGCAAGCCGUCCUCACAACCCAAGAGUACUCGAAAGGACCGAUCGCGAUUCCCAGUCCGCCUGAGAACGCGGACGAAGUGAAGGCCAAGUGCGAUUCAUUCCUGUUCGAGUCCUUCACCGUCGAGGACGCCUGGGAACUCGGACAUCACCUCUACGCGCGGCUCCUGCCCUUCGCGCCACAGAAGCCCACUCUCAUCUCCAUCUCACUGGCCACCGGGCAGGUCGUGUUUCAAUGCGCCGUGGGCUCUGGCACCGUGCCGGACAACGAGCUGUGGGUGCAGAGGAAGAGGAAUACCGUCCUGAGAUUCGGCACUAGUACUUGGUUCCAGCAUUGCAAGUAUGCCGGUGACGAGGAGGCGUUCCGGGUUAAGUUUGGGAUGAGCCCGGCCCAGGCUGAGAAUUAUGCUAUUCAUGGUGGUGGCGUGCCUAUUCGCGUCAAGGGCGUUGAGGGUAUCGUUGGUGUAGUGAUCGUUUCCGGACUGAAGCAGAAUGAAGACCAUGGGGUCAUUGUAGAUGUUAUCAAUGAAAAUUGGCAAUAAUGCAAUCGAAUACAUGAUGUAUAUACAUAUUUCGAAGUAAAUAAACAGUG